CCCUCGUGGAGCAAAAUCCGACCGGUUAGCAAACCGAACCCCAUUUGAACCAGCGGAGGCCACCGCGGCGCGACGAGGGAGGACACCUCGCCCACCACACGCAAAGCCAGCCAGCGUCGGGCGCGAGGGAGACGGGGAGGGAUCGAUCGAUCGACCGACCCGGCCGGCGUCGAUGGCGAGCUCGCUGGCCCGCCUGGGGGCGGCGCUGCCCCGCGCGCGCCCGCUCGCCGCCGCGGCGGCGGUGGCGGCGGCGCGGACCCCGCCGCGGGGAGCGCGGUGGGACCCCGCCGCCCCACGCCCCGCCUCGCUGUACGCUCGCAGGUGCCAGGCUCACUCGGACGUGAAGGCGCCCCCUGCAUCGGAGUCCAAGGAUGCGGGGACCUCGUCCCAGGGCUGGAGGAUCAAGAUGCUCUACGAUGGUGAAUGCCCGCUCUGUAUGCGUGAGGUAAACAUGUUGAGGGAAAGGAACAAAUCCUAUGGAGCUAUAAAUUUUGUCGACAUCAGCUCGAAGGAUUACUCUCCGAAGGACAAUCAGGAUCUUGAUUAUGAAACUGCGAUGGGGAGGAUACAUGCCAUUCUCUCAGAUGGAACUAUCGUCACAGAUGUUGAGGCAUUCAGAAGGCUUUAUGAGGAAGUUGGACUCGGAUGGGUUUAUGCAGUUACUAAAUAUGAGCCUGUGGCUACCAUAGCAAAUGCAGUAUAUGGUGUAUGGGCCAAAUACCGUAUGGAAGUUACAGGUCGACCUCCCCUGGAGGAAAUUUUUGCGGCCCGAAGACAAGCGGGUGAAUGUAAAGAUGAUAAAGCAUGCAAGAUGUGAGCAGUGCUCUGCACGUCUUCACUUCUACACACUGUUAGAUAGGCACACAUACAUAUACAGUUAGUCUAAUAUUUGAAGGGUUGCGAGAUUGACGACAGAGACGAUGAUGUUUUCUGUGUUGGGUAGUCAAUAAUUCCAUAAUCUUGCAUGGAUUCUAUGAGCAAGAUACACAACUUUAGCAAGUUAAUUCCGGGAUGCUGUCUUCAGUUCUGCACUGAGCUCGCUUGUUGCAUCGUAUCCUUCAGUGUCCACCUUCUCUGUUUCACUGUGUAUGACCAGACUUGUUCUCUUGUGCAGCAAGAUAUUACAAUACCAUGUAUUGGAAA